AUGGCUACACCAUCUUCGAACUCAAAGAAAAGAGAAGAGGAUUACCCCGACUGCCCCUCCGGCUGCGGAUUCUCCAUCUACGCAAAGCACCCACACUUCCUCUGCAUCGUAUGCCUCGGCUUCUCCUACGCCCGAAGGGCGCUCACCGGCGUGUCAUGUCACCAAUUCCAGCUGAAAAUUAAAACAGAGCCACAAAGCCCAUGUGCAAAUGUCAGCACGUCAUGCAGUCAAGCACCCCCAAACAAACGCCAUUAUGGGGAAAAGUGUCCGUUUAACACCAGUGCCUGCGAGCAAAAGCAUGCGGCGGGAAUGAAGGCUCCCGACUCUGUGAACUCCCGCUGCAGUACCCCGCCUGCCUCUCCUCAUCACGCACCCUCCAAAACCUCCUCAUGCAUCCAGAAGUCAGACAAGACUGUCCCACACCUGCUGACCAACCACCAACCUCCUCCUGACAGCCAAUACACAGUGGACUAUAGGUUCCGACGGCAGCUGUCAGAGCCAUGCCAUUCCUUCCCUUCGUCCCAAAGCCUGCCGCCUGCCCAUGACGGCCGGCCUCUGUGUCACCGGCAGCUGUCUGAACCCAGUCUCAUGUUUGCCCCCCAGGGCUUCAAGCAGGAAUACCAUGACUUGCUGUUUGAGCAUCCAGUGAUAGCAAGUGUUCACCCUGGCCAGGCGUACCAUUCGUCUAUGAUCAUAAAACAAGAGCCACAGGACUUCAUCUUCGACUCAGAACUACCAAGCUGUCAUUCUAUCUGCCUAAGACAUGAAGGGUUUCUACCUUACUCUAACAGGACUGAAGGCUGUAUGUUCGACAAAAGAGAUGUCAUCAAACAGGAGGUGGGGCUGUUUCGUGAGGGGCCCACCUACCAGCGGAGAGGCUCUCUGCAGCUCUGGCAGUUUCUGGUGGCCCUGCUGGACGACCCGGCUAACUCACAUUUCAUCGCCUGGACCGGCCGUGGAAUGGAGUUCAAGCUGAUAGAGCCGGAGGAGGUUGCUCGACGUUGGGGUAUUCAGAAAAAUCGCCCUGCCAUGAAUUAUGAUAAACUCAGUCGUUCCCUGCGCUAUUACUAUGAGAAGGGGAUCAUGCAAAAGGUAGCUGGGGAGAGGUAUGUCUACAAGUUUGUGUGUGAUCCUGAGGCACUGUUCUCCAUGGCUUUCCCAGACAAUCAGAGGCCGGUCUUGAAAACAGACAGUGAACGGCACGUCAAUGAAGAGGACACAGUGCCGCUGUCACACUUUGAUGAGAGCGUGGCAUACAUGCAAGAAGGAGCCUACAGCACCUCACGGCCCUACAAUGAAGGCUACGUCUACUGAUGCCCUUUGACCAUUAAGCUCAUUCUCUGCGCUUGAUGCCAGCCUUCAGGGUAUAUAAAGGGGUGGAACUAUGGGGGAGGCAAGCGGGGCUCUUGCGCCUGGGGCCAGGGCCCUCCAAUAUUAGUGGUGGGGGGCCCAUCUUCACCUUGGCAGGCCAUAUGGGGGGCCCUAUCAGUGCUGUGCCCUGGGGUCCUGUGUGCAAUUUUCCGCCACUGUAUAUAUACUGUAAGCUCCUAAAGUGUUGGGUCAUCUCCCACAGUGACUACAAGGCCUCAGCAAGCACUUUAGAGACUGUGAGUGUGUACAGUAAAAUCACAUGUGGAACUGGCCAAGUGCAAUCUCACAGUUGGAUUGAACAAGAUGCCUUUUACAUCACACCAUACAGAUGCUGAGGGCAACACAAGACCAUCUCUGAGAAAGCAUUAAUGCAAUACUGUAUACGUAAUGCUAUUUCACAUUGAGAUUUUUUUUUCUUGCUUUUCUUUCUGUAUGUACAUUGGAUAUUUUUUCAUAGACUUUUGUGGCUGAAAUUGCAUUGACACUCCAGUGAAGUAAACUAAAACUGGAGAAAAUUGUGAUAAACUGAAUGCUUCAGAUCCAUAAUGUAUAAAUUCAAAUUAAAUGUAAAAGUGAAUGAUC